CCGAUUUGUUCUCGUACUCUCCGCAUCCCGUUCCGCCGGAUGCCGCCUGCCUUAAAGGCGCCGCCGCGGCUCGUCGUCAACCCAACCGCCCACUCACAGUUUUCUCAUCCUCGCCACCAUGUCUGCUCCAGCUUACUACAUCGUCACGGGCGGCACGUCCGGCAUCGGCCUCGAGGCCGCCAAAGCGCUGGCGUCAGCCAAGCCGAACGAUAAGGUUAUCAUCACGGGCAGAUCCAAGCCGCAGGUGCAGCUUCCCCCGAACAUCGAGCUGCGCACAUUCGACCUCGGCAGCGUCGCGGAGAUCAACGCCUUCGUCGACGGCUGGGAGCACCCCGUCUCGGCACUCCUCCUUAACGCCGGCCUUGUCACCGGGGGAAAAACGACGUACAUCGACGGCGUGGAGCGUGCCUUUGCCGUGAACCACCUGGGCGGCGCGGCGCUCUUCUUCGCCCUCUACAAGAAGGGUCUGCUCACGGAGGACGCGCGCAUCAUCCUCACCAGUAGCGGCAUGCACGACUCAGAGAUGGUCGGCAACCCCGCCAAGCCGCACUGGGAGAGCGCAGCGGCCGUCGCGGCCGCGAAGGGGCCCGAGGCCGACCCUACCGUGCAGUACAGCAACACCAAGCUCGCCAACGUGCUCUGGGCGCAUGCGCUGUCGCGACACGCCGAGGAGAAGGGCAAGCGCUGGACGAUCGCGGCAUACGACCCCGCUUUCGUGCCCGGCGGUGGCUCAAAACUCACCCGCGAGGGCGGUGUCGUCAAGGCCUUCAUGUUCGGGGUGAUGAGCUACAUCCCCAGCCUCGUCACCCUCAUGACAGGCAUUGUCACCUCGACUGGGCCACGCAGCGGCAAAGCACUUGCCGACCUUGCGAUCGGCGACGCACACAAGAACGAGAAGAUGGCCUACUACCAGCUCGAAAACAAGGUGGAGAGCAGCAAGCAGAGCCACGACAUCGCGCUGCAAGAUGACCUCUGGGACUGGACGAACCAGAAGCUCGGGGUCAAGACGAGUCUGUAAUCGAUAGCUCACAUGUAUCUGAUAGCGCUUGUUAAGCAUUCAAGCGAGGUAUGCUCAUUCCGAGAUCUGAGCG